GAGAUGCAACAGCGUCCGACUAAACAACAAAGUGUGUUGUGAAUAAAAUAGUCCUUCUACAAAAACAAUACAGAGCCUCACAGUGGUAAAUUACUGUCUUUGAACUAGAGAGCCAUGUUCAUGUAAAUAAAGUAUGUCAGUAGCAGAUUUUGGAGCCAAUACUGUUAAAACAAACCUACAGGACUGAUGUCGAAAGGCUUUAAACAACCAGUUUAUCCUUAAAAGUUCAUGACAUUUCACUUUGUGGCUUUCAUAGCCCAAGCAAACCCUUAUAUUUCACAUAAAAUCUGAAAAAAAGUUUUAUUUUACUAGUUUUGAUAGUUAAUUUUUCCAUCAUUUUUUGUAUUUGCCGCUCCUCCUUUUCUCCUUUUGUGACAGAACUACUUUUUUUUUUUUUUUUUUUACUAUUUUAAUGGUGAAAACAACAGAAAACUAAAGCACAACUAUUUGAAAAUUAUUUUUAAGUGCCCGCAAAAAAUAACUUUUUAAGUGCACAGUCAAAUAACAAGUGCGGCACUUGGUAUAAUGAAGGUUACAGAGGCGGCGGGAGUGCAGCGUCCUCCGGUGAUCCGCGGAGGGAGGGGCGGAGGGAUCCACACGGAGCAGCGGCGCGCGCCGUCCCGAUGACGCAGUUGGUUGCUAGGUGUGAAAGAAAGUGAUGCUUUGUCUGGAAGGUGUGCUUCAGUUUACAAGUCGACCACAACAACGCAGCAUCUCGUCGUCCUGCGCUGUUCCGAGCAUAAAUAUGGCUCUUUGAUUGUUUUUGCGAGGUGAAGGACCGAAGAAAAGCCGUGCUUUGCCUUAGCAACGCACCCAAAGUGCUCUACUAUUUUUCUGCAAGAAUGGAGUUUCAUUAUGCUCACCCUGCCCUGCUCUCUGUGGCCCAUCUGUCAGACCCCGCUUGCCCUCAGCAUAUGCUUGGACUUGGACUGAAUCAAAGCAGCAAAAGACAAAAUGAUGGCAACAUCAGCUCAUGUUUGGAGGAGUCUUCGUGUCUGCCCGGCAGACCCCCACGCUCUCUCUCACCCACAGGCUAACCUCAGCCAAUCACAGGGGUGCAGGGGGGAGGUGUCAGAGGAGAGUCAGCACUUAAUUGGUGAUGGUCUCACUGACUGGAUGACGGAAGAAGUGGAUUUUUCCUCGUACCUCCCAAACCCUCCUUCCCCUCCCUCCUCCACCAAUGCCUCCCUUCCCCCGUCACCCCUUCAGAGUGAUAUUCAGGUGCCCUCUGACUUGGAGGUCAUGACCUCUCUGCUGCAAGAGGAACUUGCCCAACUAGAGGACUACUUCCUGUCUGAACCACUGCCAGAGAAAGGACCAAGGCUGGGAAAAUGCGACAGGGGUCAACUACCGGCGGCCCCUCAGCCGUUCUGUCAGCUGCCACACUCGUCCUACGCUGCAUCCAACCAAUCGGAGUCCAAUCCCCUUCUUGUUACCCUGACAACCGGAGAACUGGACCUGCUGAGCAUCUGUGGCGGGCCCAUUGGGAGAUCCAAAAUUCCAAGACACGCCCCAUACAGCUGUAGUCGCCCCAGUGGGUGUGGUAGAAAAAGAGUCCUUGAUAGUGUGAGGUUAAGUGAUGGUUAUGACAGCAGUUUUUUGAGCUCCAAAGUUAGUAACUCAGGUAACUCAACCGUUGCCCUUACAGGUAACUACAGUUGUGUGGAGGAUGACCCCCUGGCAGGGAAAAGCUACUGUCUGGGUAGUGCGGUCGAUGUUCGACGAUGUUUGCCCAAAGAAGAGAAAAACUAUUGUUUUAGUCAAGACAUGAUAGGCGGUGCAAAGGUUGUUGGCGGUGGGUUUGGGUUUGGUGGAUCGCUAGACACGCCACACAAAAAAGAGGAUGUCUUGAUGUACGGCAUGAGGGAGAUCAGUGGGAGCGCCGGCAACAACGAGGUGCUAGGCAGCAUCAAGACUAGCGUGGAGGUCACGAAAGCCACCGUUUCAUGGAAGAGUGACAGCAGCCAUAGUGCUUAUAUCCCACCAACACCACAGUCUGAGGCCUAUCAUAGCUUCUUAGGAAACAUCAACGAACAGGUGAAAACAGAAGGUCUACAUAUAGUUCAACCGGAUUUGCACGAAAAUUACCUUGAGGAUCAGGCCGCAGAUUGUUUUUUAAUGACUAGGGAGGGUAUGAACCUGGAGUCCUCGGGUCACAGACAAGCCUGCAGACUGAAAGAAGACCACUGUGCUGUGAAAUACGAAGUAGACAUCAUUCCACACGAAGGCGGAGAGCGCAAGCAAAAGAAAAGAGAUCAGAACAAAACGGCUGCCCACAGGUAUCGCCAGCGAAAAAGGGCGGAGCUAGAUUCUUUGGAGGAACAGCUGCAUUGCCUCGAGGGGCGGAACCGAGAGCUACGGGACAAAGCGGAGUCCGUGGAACGGGAGAUCCAGUACGUCAAAGACCUGCUGAUUGAAGUUUACAAGGCCCGCAGUCAAAGGCUCAAGCAGGACACGACGGUGUGACAGCACAUUCCUGCAAGUACACUCAGCUGCAGCAUCUCCACAAAAAUGCAGACACAUUUAUUGGCUUUUCAAAGUGUUUAUAAGUUUUCUGUUUUAUUUUUAUUAAUUGCAGGAAAUGCAUGCUUUGUUUACGAUUAUUAAAAUUUUUUACUCCCCUUUUUUUUUUUCUAAAUCUGAUGCUUCCAUGGCUUUUAACACUCGCAUCGCUUGAGCCUUCACUGUUGCGUUGCAGUGCUUGAAAUGACAAUCACUUUAAAAAAAUAAUAAAUCUUCCUUCUUGUCAAUCAAAAUGUUGAAAUAUUUUAACACCUGAAGAAGCGAUGUGAUUCAUUAAGCAGGUCAAAUAUAUAUUUUAAUAGCCUUACAUUGAAACUGAUGUCAGCAUCACAGCUUUUUCUACCUAUUUAUUUUCAAAUUAAAAAUAUAUAAGUUGUCAGUUGUUUGACUCGCUGAAUGUGUUUUUUUUUCUUUUUUUGGUGUGUUAAUACUUGAAAGUUAAAACCAUCUUUUGAUUCUGAAUUUUUAAUGAUUUCUUGAUAGGAAAUUAUUGCAGUUCAUGUCGAUAUUUAAUUUAAAAAAAUAAAAUAAUAGAGAAAAUUUACUUUACUAAAUUCAGAAAUUUAAACUCUUCUUGAUCUAUAUUUGUUAUUUUGAUGAAAAAAAAUAAUUUGAAUUUGAUUUUCUUUAAAUAUUCUGUGACUUGUUAAACAAAUAAUUCUGAUUUGAUUUUAUUUUUAACAGUUUCACAUGAUCUGAAUAACUAAAAACCUUUUUGAAAGUCUCUGCAAAUUUUCGAGUAAUGUAAUUUUACAUUUGUUGAUGUAAAGUGACAUUUUUUUGUGAAUGUAUUGUUGUUUUUUUCUUUAAAAAUGUACAUGUUUACACAAUCUGUUCUGCAGCUCAGGAUAUAGUUCAUCAUUUUAUUUUGUAACAUCAGCAGAUAAUCAGGAUUAGAGAAAACAUGUUUUUUUUUUAAUGACUGAUAAAAAAGCUCUUCAAUGUAAGUGAAUGUUAGUGGUGUUUUUAGCAGCCGCCCUCUGCAUGCCUUUGCAUUAAUGUUCCUUCUCUUUUUCUCUCUGCAACUAGAACAUUAGGGAUUCAGAAAUAAGUGGGAAUUGUUUCUCUAAACUGCUUCAGGCAAUAAGUUUUAUAAGCCCCUGGCUGAUCUGCACUCGUUCGUAGCAACUUUUAUAUGUUCAGGGAGUGGUGUGUGUUUAUCUGUUCUCAUAAAAAAAUGAACUGAAAACAAAUCCCAUCAUGCUGUUUGUUUUUCAGCUUUUACUUACAUGCAGGAGGAUAAUUCUCUUUGUCCCUGGUCUAAGAGUAUAGCAGCCGCUGUCAUUGGAAGUCGUUUCUUAUGCAGAUUUAUUUCAGGACACUCUUGAAUGGAAAGGCUGACUUUUGUUUGUGUACUUUUAUCGUUCAGCUUCGUCUAAAAGUUCCAAGCAGGAUAUCUGAGUCCCCCUGCGAUGUACUAUCAACUGAUGAUGUUUAUACCAAAAAACUGACACUUUUUUAAUUUAUUUAUUUCAAGAUGUACGCAUAUUGUUUUGUGUGAUGUAAAACAUUUCUCUUUAAAAAAAAUAAAGUCUUUUCAUUUA